AUGUUAAACGAAAAUGAAAAUAAUGUUUUUUCUUGCAUAUCGAAAAUUACACGUGAACGACGUGCAGUAGCAUUAGGACAGCGUGGAGCGUAUCGAGAGUCGACUGUUUGGUUAACUGGACUUUCUGGUGCUGGAAAAUCGACGAUAGCUUUUGCAUUAGAAGAAUAUAUAGUAAGCAAAGGUCUACCAGCUUAUUGUCUCGAUGGUGAUAAUAUUCGAUGUGGUCUUAAUAAAAAUCUUGGGUUUUCUGAUGCAGAUCGUGUUGAAAAUAUUCGACGAAUUGCCGAAGUUGCAAAAUUAUUCGCUGAUGCUGGUUUGAUGUAUAUUGUUGCUUUUAUUAGUCCAUUUGAGGAAGAUCGAGAAUGUGCCAGACGCCUACAUGAAAAUUCACAAAUUCCAUUUAUUGAAGUUUUUGUAAGCACACCUUUGUCUGUAUGUGAAGCGCGAGAUGUGAAAGGGUUAUAUAAAAAAGCACGAACUGGAUUAAUUGAAGGUUUUACGGGUAUUGGUGCACCGUAUGAAUCACCAUCGAAUCCUGAUUUGAUAAUCGAUACAAGCGUGAUGCCAGUCGAUCGUUCUGUUGAAACGAUUAUAGGAAAAUUGGCUGAACUUAAUAUUUUAUCAUCUACAUUAAUUCUUCCAGUACACGAACUUUUUAUAACUGAACAAAUGCGUGAAAAAGCCUUACAAGAAUUUCCAAAUCUAAAUAAAUUGAAAAUUACUGAAUUAGAUGUACAAUGGAUUCAAGUAUUAAGUGAAGGUUGGGCAACUCCUCUCGGUGGUUUUAUGCGUGAAACCGAAUAUUUACAAUGUUUACAUUUUGGUUGUUUAAUGAAAGGUCAUAUUGAAAACCAAACAAUUCCGAUUAUUUUACCAUGUGCAACUGAACAUAAAGAACGUUUAAAAACAUCAUCUACAAUCGCUCUGUGCUAUAAUGAAAAACUUGUUGCUCUUUUAAAAAAAACCCGAAUUUUAUGA